CUCUGUUAUAUCUGCCUGGCGUUAGUAUACUUUUAACUUUCCAAGUCGAAUGUUACUAAAAGUCAUUUAAAAUGGUUAAACCACGUGUUCUCGUGAUUAGUGACGAUACACCCACUGUUGCUUUGGAUCUUCUUAGAACCAAAUGCGACUUGACAAUUAUUCCGUCUCACAAUCCAACGAGGGAACAAAUUCUAAAAGUAGUUCCAGGACAUGAUGGAAUUUAUCUCAGUGUCCAUGCCAAUAUUAACAGUGAAAUGCUCAACGCUGCAGGGCCUAAUUUGAAAGUUGUUUCUGCAAUGUCAGCCGGUUAUGAUCAUCUUGACGUUCCGGAAAUUAAGAGAAGAGGUAUUAAAGUUGGACACACACCUGAAGUUUUAUCCUCCGCUGUUGCUGAUAUUGCUGUGAUGUUGUUACUCAGUGCAGCCAGACGAGCUCAUGAAGGACGUGUAAAAUUAAUCGAGGGUAAAGUUGAAAACCGACCACAAUGGUUAUUGGGAGUCGAUGUCAAAGGUUCAACAAUCGGAAUUGUUGGAUUUGGAAAUAUUGGCCAAGCAAUUGCAAAACGACUGAAAGGAUUUGAAAUAAAAAAUAUUCUCUACACAGGACACUCGAAAAAGAAAGCUGGGGAUGAAUUAGGGGCAGAAUUCGUAUCUCUGGAUGAACUUUUAGAGGAAAGUGAUUUUGUAAUUGCAGUCACGCCAUUAACGAAUGAAACAUUAAAAAUGUUUAAUGACAAUACCUUUGGAAAAAUGAAGAAAACUGCCGUUUUCGUCAAUGUUGGAAGAGGAAAAGUUGUCGACACAGAUGCUUUAGUGAGAGCUGUUGAAAAUAGGACAAUUUUCGCCGCUGGACUCGAUGUCGUUGAUCCUGAACCUCUUCCUCGCGAUCAUAAACUUCUGAAAUUACCAAAUAUUGAAAUUGUGCCACAUCAAGGUAGUGCCACUGUGAAAACACGAAAUAGUAUGUCAACAAUUGCUGCACAAAAUCUUCUAAACGCAUUAGAGGGAAAACCAAUGAUUUAUCCUCUAUAAAUUACCACAAAUGUUAACAAACAAAUAUAACUUUAAAAUAUUUUAUUAAAAGAAUUUCUAUCAUAUUUUGAUAAAUUUUAUUUUUUGUUUAAAUAAAUCUGAUUGUAAUUUAAAAACAA